GCAAGUGAGUGUGGAAAACAGUGUGAUCUGCAUCCUCAUCCUGACCGUGAUGUCUGGCACUCUGUCUCAAAGUGACCAAGAGGAGGACUACCGCUUCCUCCACAGCACGUUGAUGGAGAAGAAGCUCCACCUGCUUUUUAAGAUCCACGAGCGGCUUAGGCACUUUGUAAAACGAGGACCCGCUCCCGUCCAAGAGUGUGCAGCCGGACUGGCCUCGCAUCUCUAUGAAGAUCUGAUUGACCAUGAGUGGAGAGAGGAAGUCAAAGACCUUCUCGUCCUCUUUCGUAAACCUCACGUCAAGAGUCUUCUGUACGUCCACGACGUAGUAGCUCAGAGAGCUUACGAGCCGACUCUACCUCAAGUACCCGAAGGCAUUAUUGACGAGGAAGAAGAUUCAGUGAAGAUUGUCAGUCUGGUCAAAACCAAGGAGCCGCUGGGUGCGACGAUUAAGAGGGAUCAAUCCACCGGGGCGAUUGUGGUGGCGAGGAUCAUGCGAGGAGGCGCUGCCCACAAGAGCGGCCUGAUUCACGAAGGAGAUGAGCUAAAAGAAGUCAACGGUGUCGCAGUGGAUCGCAGGAAGCCGAAAGAAAUUCUUCCCCUGCUGGCACGCUCUCGGGGUGACGUGACAUUCACCAUUGUUCCUGCCUUCUCCGAGCAAGAAGAGUUAUCCGCCAAGAAGCUGUUUGUCAGGGCUCUCUUUGACUACAGCCCGAGUGAGGAUCCGGCCGUCCCGUGCCAGGACGCGGCCAUCGCUUUUAAAAGAGGCGACAUCCUCCAGAUCGUCGCCACGGAGGAUGACACCUGGUGGCAAGCGUGCCAUGUCGGGGGUAGUAACGCACGAGCGGGGCUUAUCCCCUCGCAGCAGCUCCAGGAGAGGAGAGUCGCGCUGCAGCGACCCCAAACCUUGUUCCAACGACAACAAGUCAAGGCAGCAGAUGAGGGCAAAGUUUUUCCAAUUGACGAGGAUGUUGACUAUGGAGCUAUAACUGGAAUCCACAUUGCUGGUUUAAGAAAGAGUUUCCGGCUGGGAAAAAAGAGCAACUGGGUCAAAGAAGCAGCACGUUCCAAAAGGUGGAGCUCAGGAGUUCAGGAGUCUAUUUGUCCACCGACCCAGUACAUCGAAGUCAUCCCUUACCGUCAAGAUUCUGAAGAAAGACACCGUCUGGUUAUCCUGGUUGGACCCAGCGGUGUUGGCGUGAAUGAACUGAAGAGGAGGCUCCUGCUCUCCGAUCCUGACCUCUACGGUACAAGCGUACCACACACCACACGUGAGAAGAGAAGCCAAGAGACCGAAGGGAUGGAUUAUCAUUUUGUAUCCGUCCACAAAUUCGAAGAGGACAUUCUCAACCGCAGGUUUAUAGACUACGGGACGUACAGAGGCCACUAUUAUGGAACGAGUCUGAACUCGGUUUACCGGGUGAUGGCUGAGGGCAAAGUGUGCCUUCUGGAUGUACAUCCUUGUAAACUAAAGCGUGUCUACACACUCGAAUUGAAACCCUACGUGGUUUUUGUGAAACCCCCGCGUAUCGAGGAGUUGCGCCUCACCAGGAGAAGAGCGAAAUUCAUCUGCGACGAAGAAGAUCCGAAUCACGUCAGGAUGUUCUCGGAGGAAGAUUUUGAAGAUAUGAUUGACUCGGCCGAAACCACGGAAGCUCAACACGGUCACAUGUUUGACAAGGUGAUCGUUAACGGAGACGUCGCCGCGGCCUUCGGAGAGCUGAAGGCGGACCUCCAGCGGCUGCGGGAGGCGGCCGUCCGUUGGAUACCGGCGGAGUGGCUUUGCUCCUCGCCGACAAAGGCGAGGAGGAGUUGCGGCCUUUUGGCCGGCUGGAUUUGACCUUGAGGUCA